UAAUUUCUCUCUCUCUCUCUGCAAGAUAUGGCUUCCACCGCCGGAGAUCAGUCGAGCUAUGUGGCCAUUCCGGCCGCCCUGUACACCCCAUUGUUGCCUGAAAACACCGCCAAACGUCGGCCUUCCGCCAAGAUUAUCUGCCUCGCGGUGGCGGGGAUGUUGGGUGUCGCAUUGUUGCUGAUGGCAGUGCUGGAUUAUAAAACCGCCGGAAUCGUCUCGGAUUUGCCAAUGCUACACGAUGACGUGGCGGUGGCGCGUGGCGUCGCCGAAGGCGUCUCCGCCAAGUCAGCUGCCCAUUUAUUGCGACAAUCGGCUUUCGAGUGGAGCAACCAGAUGUUGGGUUGGCAAAGAACUGCCUAUCACUUCCAGCCGGACAAGAAUUGGAUGAACGAUCCUAAUGGUCCAUUGUUGUACAAGGGAUGGUACCAUCUUUUCUACCAAUACAAUCCGGAAGGGGCUGUAUGGGGUAAUAUUGUUUGGGGCCAUGCAGUAUCAAGAGACCUAAUCCAUUGGCGCCACCUUCCCAUUGCCAUGACCGGCGAUCAAUGGUACGACAUCAACGGCGUUUGGACCGGCUCGGCCACCUUCCUCUCCGACGGCCAGCUCAUCAUGCUCUACACCGGCUCGACCAACGAGUCGGUCCAAGUCCAAAACUUAGCCUACCCGGCCGACCCCUCUGACCCCCUACUAGUCGAGUGGGUCAAGUACGAGGGCAAUCCGGUCCUGGUCCCACCACCGGGGAUCGAUGACAAGGAUUUCCGCGACCCCACCACCGCGUGGUCCACGUCGGAGGGCAAGUGGCGCAUCACCAUUGGGUCUAAGGUUAACAAGACCGGGAUUUCAUUGGUGUACGACACGUUGGACUUCAAAAGCUACGAGCUCUUGGACGGGGCUCUUCAUGGGGUUCCGGGUACGGGUAUGUGGGAAUGCGUGGAUUUUUACCCGGUAUCCAGAUCCGGAGAAAACGGGCUGGACACGUCGGAUCAUGGCCCCGGCGUGAAACACGUGUUGAAGUCCAGCCUUGAUGAUGACCGGAAUGACUACUAUGCCCUGGGAACUUACGACGACGGCGCCGGAAAGUGGACGCCGGAUAACCCCGCGAUUGACGUCGGAAUCGGGUUGAGAUAUGACUACGGAACAUUCUACGCCUCCAAGACGUUUUAUGACCAAGAAAAGAAGAGAAGAAUUCUUUGGGGUUGGAUUACUGAGACCGAUAGUGAAUCCUCUGAUAUUCAAAAGGGUUGGGCUUCGCUUCAGGCCGUUCCAAGAACUGUCGUGUAUGACGACAAAACUGGCAGCAACCUGAAACUAUGGCCAGUUGAUGAAGUGGAAAAGCUGAGGACCAAAAAGGACGAAUUUGAAAAGGUGGUCGUCAAGCCCGGCUCCAUUCUGCCAUUAAACGUCAGCUCAUCUAAUCAGGUGGAUAUUGUGGCUGAGUUUGAAGUGGACGAGGAUGUUUUGGAGAGAAUGGUCGGAAGCAACGAGACUUACUCUUGCAGCGGCCACGGCGGCGCCGCCGAGCGCGGUGCAUUAGGGCCGUUCGGGCUGCUUGUUUUGACGGACGAUGAAUUCUCAGAGCAGACUCCCAUCUAUUUCUAUUUGGUUAAAGACGUGAAUGGAAACCUCACCACAUUCUUCUGCGCCGAUCACUUAAAAUCCUCUCGAGCUACCGAUGUCCGGAAGCUCGUCCAUGGAAGUAAUGUGCCAUUCUUGAGCGGAGAGAAGCUCACCAUGAGAAUACUGGUUGAUCAUUCGAUUGUGGAGAGUUUUGGUCAAGGAGGGAGGGCGUGUAUAACAUCGAGAGUUUACCCGACAAAGGCAAUCUACGAGAAUGCUAAACUCUUCUUGUUCAACAAUGCUACUGAAUCCUCGGUUACGGCAUCGCUUAAGGUUUGGCAGAUGAAUUCUGCAGAGAUUAAUUAAACUAUUCCCUGUAAAUUUUGUAACAAAAUUUUAUUUUUUAAAAAAUUUUUUUGUAAUGUUUAAUUUCUUAUUUAUUGCAAUUAAAUGUUUAAUUUGAUAAUUCAUAAUUUGUUGAAA